AUGAAUUCAGUGUUUUCUUACUUGCGUGUCCCUCUAUUCGUCUCGUCUAGCCUUGCAGCGCUAGGUAGCAGUCUACUCUACUUCAAACAGAACGACAUCAUCUAUCCUGCAAAUCUCCCCGCCGGAGCAAGAACCAACGUCCCAACGCCGGAUCAGUUCAACAUCACAUCGGCCGAGUCGAUCAAGUUCCCAACUCCCGAUGGCGAGACCCUCCAUGCCUAUCUCCUUCGGCCUCCCAAGUCUCCUGUUCAAAACAAUGUCACCCUAGUUACAUUUCAUGGCAAUGCGGGAAACGUUGGUCAUCGCUUGCCAAUAGGCAAGGUCCUAUCCGAGAGCCUGGGUUGUCAUGUAUUUAUGGUUGAGUAUCGAGGCUAUGGUCUGUCGACAGGCUCUCCCGACGAAGACGGCUUGACCAUUGACGGCCAAACAGCCCUGAAUUUUGUCCGCAACCAUGAAGAGCUGAGAAGGACCAGUAUCGUAUUGUACGGCCAAAGCCUAGGUGGUGCGGUGGCCAUCAAGUUGUUGCAGGCAAAUGAGCAGGUCGGCGAUAUUGCAGCAGUGAUUCUCGAGAACACCUUCCUAUCCAUUCGCAAGCUCAUUCCCUCAAUCAUGCCCCCAGCCAAGUACAUUGCAGCCCUGUGCCAUCAACGGUGGAACUCAGAGGAGUGCAUGACCAAAGUGACAGAAACAGACAUCCCGGUGCUGUUUCUUUCCGGCCUGAAAGAUGAGAUCGUACCACCUACAAUGAUGAAGUCGCUGUACACGGCGUGUCCCACCAAGAAGGUCUGGAAAGAAUUCCCGAACGGAGAUCACAAUUCCACCGUAGCAGAACCCGGCUACUUUGACGCCAUCUGGGAGUUCCUUGUCCAAGAAGUCAUAAGAGUAUCUCGCCGAAACACCGAACCUUCGAGAGGAGAUACCAAUGUGCAUCGAGAGGAGCUUUGGAGCUGA